GCCUUCGACUCGUAACAACUGUCAAAAUUGACAGCUGUGCUUGUUUACAUGUACGUCGUCGAACUUAAACAGCUGUUCUAGUGCCGGUGUGUGUACUAUUUAUAAAUUUAAAUAAAUAAUUAAAUGAAAAUGAGUGUAAGAUUCUUAAUACGUACACAUGCUUUAGGCAAAUCCCUGCUUACUAUAUCGAAGCAAAUAAAUUCAACCAGCACAUACUCCACUUGCGGCAGCACAGCUCUACUUGCGCAAUCGUUUGCGCGUAAAUCCGCAUUUGCUUCCUUAAAUUACACCACAACUGCCACAACAAGCAAUAAAAGUGUGACACCACAAUGGACAACCAUCUACCACUUGCCACUUAUACGCCUUGCGGCCGGUUUUCAACGUCUGAAAAUAUACCAAGGAUUGCUGACAGCCCUUGCAUUACCAAUUAGUUUUACAUUAACACAAUUUGGCACUAUUACACCCAAUUCCGUUGUCAUUGUAGGCGCUAUUGGCGUGACCGGACUGGCAACUUUAACCAUAUUUAGCUUGCUUGUACGUAAUGUAGUCGGUUUUAUUUAUAUUAACGAUGAGCUUAACAAAGUGAAGUUGGCUUAUGUGAAUUUUUGGGGCAAGCGUAUGGAUGCAAUUAUAGACAUUAAUGAUUUGGAUGUUGAGUGGGCAAAAGUGCGUCCCACAGCAUUUAAUCUCUAUCAGAAGAUACGUUUAUAUAGUGAUAAAACUAAGUCGUUUAAGCUGAUGCUAAACUAUGGUGUUAUUGUGGAGCCGGAAACUUUUUCGGGGAUAUUUGGCGAGUAAGAAACACAGUUUGCGAGCUCUAUGAGUAGAAGCGCAAGUUUAAUGUAUAAAAACCACUUUUAAUCUUUGAAAAAUUUGCUUUGAUUGUUUUGUAAGAAAAAAUAGAAUAAGACGUUAAAAUAAAUUUAAAAAAUA